AUGUCUUGGGUUUCCGAAUCGUGGGAAGACCAGCUCGAGGACGACGAGCCCGUCUUGGACUCCUGGGACAUGGACUCAGGCGACGAGAAGGCCAAGGAGGAGAAGAAGGCUGCUCCAAAGGCUGCGCCAAAGCCCGCGAAGCCCGCAAAGGCCGGCAAAAAGAAGGCGGCAGACAAGAAACUGCUCGAUAUUGACCUGGUCGACGAGAAGACAAAGAAGGAGAUGCUGAAGGAAGCAGAGCUGAACUCUGAUCUGAACAACGCCGCGGACCUGUUUGGCGGUCUUGGCGUUGCCAACGAGCAUCCGCGCGCCAAGGCCCUUGCUGCCGAGCAGGCCUCCAAGGCUUCUGCUCCUAAGUUGGACAAGAAUACUCCUAUCAGUGCGCAUCCCUUAUUCGAGGUCGAGACCAAGCAGGACUACGAGAGACUCAGAAAGGCGGUCUCGCCGGCCCUCACCGACCUGGCCAAGAAGUCCCAGCUGCAUUACUCCACGUCUCUGGCGAUCGACCUUAUCAGAGACCUGUGCGGGCCUAUGAGUGUCGAGAAUACCAGAAAGGUGGUGAGCACGCUCAACGCCAUGAUCACACAGAAAGUGAAGGAGGAAAGACAGGCGCGGCUCGCCAAGACGGGCGGCACCUCGACCGGAGGAGCCGGCAAGAAGAAGGCCAAGGGCCAGGUCAACAUCGGGUCCUCGUUCAAGAAGGACAACUACGACGAUUUCCUGCCCGACGACGAUCUCGGCGACGACGACUUUAUGUAG